CUUUUUUCUGCGAUUUACACGUAAACAUCCGGUGACGUCAUUGUAAUGGCGCCCUCCAUAAAAUGAUCGCAUUUUGUAUAUAACAAGUAAAUAUCGAAUACCGUAAGACUUGUCAGUAGUGAAAGUUAACAGACAAGAAAGAUGUUUCGUUCAAGGAGACGAGAAAACUUCGGAGUUAUGCUGCUGGCCCUGCAGUUAUUUCAGUUCGGAUUUGACAGAAUACCACCGGUCACACUUGUAUCAAUAUUGGGGCAGGUUGCAAUAUUCCUUCGCAUUGGCGACCUAGACAGGUGGUUUGGAUCUGUUCAAGACGUGUGUAUCAGUACUCAUUAUGUAUUAACACAGAAACAGUGGAGUCGACUCAUUCUCGGAACAUUAGUUCAUGGCAGUGACAUGCAUCUUUAUUUCAAUAUGGUGUCUUUACUAUGGAAGGGGGUGUUUUUAGAGAGACGGUUUAAAAGUCAGUAUUUUGCAUACCUGUUGGCUGUAUUUACUGUGUUGUCGAGUGUGAUUCUGGUUGGACUCAACUGGGUGAUGGCUGAGGUGUUUGGUGACAGGUCAUACAUGCUAGGCUGUGCUGUAGGAUUUUCAGGUGUUAUAUUUGCCCUGAAGGUGUUGACAAUACACUACUCGCCCACCGGGCUCCACUAUGCCCUAGGAUUUAUACCUGUUCCAUCCAAAUAUAUCUACUGGGUAGAGCUGGGCCUAAUCCAGCUUAUCUAUCCCAAUGCCUCAUUUACAGGUCAUUUAGCAGGUAUCCUGGUUGGUUUACUCUACAUUAAAGGUCCACUUAAACACAUUAUGGACAGUUUUUGGCCACCAGAUCCAUCCUACAGAUAUACAGCAGGGACAGCUGGGUAUCAGAGGCCUAAUACUAGAGGAUAUACUAUAGGAGGAAGACGGGCAGAGUACAGAGCCAAUUAUGAGGAUAAUAGGAAUGAUAAUUACAGAGAUAAUAGAUAUGAUGAAUAUACAGGUGGUCUCAGUGAGGAGGAACAGUUGAGACGAGCAACAGAACAAAGUCAUUGGGAUAACAGAGGGCAAAACAGUCAACAGGACAGACUAUAUCCAGAUUUAGAUGAAAUACGAAGAAGACGGGCUGACCGGUACACUUGAUGCAGCUUACAGACUACUUCCAUUUUUGUGUAUUUAUUGGGCUAAGAAAGAUGCCAUGGACAAGAACUGUGAUACUUAUUUGGUGCAUGUGUCUGUAUCUGCACAAAAUCCCUGUAUUAAGAUUUUUCUGGCUGAUUGUUAUGGCAAAAAUGCCAUCACCCACUCUCAUUGUGUUCAUGACUUAUAUGCUUGGUUGUAUUCUCUGCUUCCAAAGGAGUUUUUACAGAUUUUGUAAACUAUCACAACAGCAAUCUUUCAGUGCCUUGUGUUGGCGGUAAAAAAGUCUUCCUGCACUAGGA